GCGGGGAGCACUUUCUAGCUGCAUUCUGACCUUCUCUUCUUAAUUUACUAUUCGAAGGACGGGUAUACCACAAGAGCUAGGAAAUAUUAUUCGAAAUGCCGCGCGACUACUCGGACUCAGAAUCCGACUCUGGAAGCUCGGUGGGCAGUAUUGUUGAAGAGAGAAGCGAGGCCGAUGAGACAGCGUUCAAAUGUUUAUUCUGCGAUCAACAGUUUGCACGUGUGCCAGAAAUGUCGUCGCAUUGCACCUCAGAGCACGGAUUUGAUCUGAAUGCGACAGUCAAGAGUCUCGGGUCAAAGGCAGAUGAAAUCGACAUCAUUAAGUUGGUGAACUUCUUGAGAUCAGAAGCACAAAGAGGGACAGAGCCUAAGAGCAUCAAGAUCACAUUGGAAGACUUGAGUGAUAAGUAUCUCCAGCCAGUACUUGAGGACGAUGCACUGCUUUUCGAGCUCGGAGAUCUUAUGCAAGACAUCGAAACUAAAGCUGUCGAUUAUGAGGAAUUCGAAGCAAAGCUCCAGAAGGAUAUGCCAGAAGACUUCUCGAGGAUACAGGUCACGAGUGACCGAGACGAGGACUACUUUGAAUCGUACAAGGGCAACAGUAUUCACCGAGAAAUGAUCGAGGAUAGCGUACGGACGGAAGGCUACCGCGACUUCAUUGAGAAGAACCUCGAGGUUUUCAAAGACAAGGUUGUCCUUGACGUUGGCUGUGGCACCGGUAUUCUCUCCCUCUUCUGCGCCCGCGCUGGCGCAAAGAAAGUCUUCGCAGUCGACAACUCGCAAAUCGCGGUCCGUGCAAAAGAAAAUGUCGAGAAGAACGGGUAUGCAGACCGCAUUCAGGUCAUCCAGGGCCGUAUUGAGGACUUCAACACACAGCGCCAGAUCGGCAAGGAGAAGGUCGACAUCAUCAUCUCCGAGUGGAUGGGCUAUGGUCUCUUGUUUGAGGGUAUGCUGGACUCAGUGCUGCGCGCUCGCGACAUGUAUCUCAAAGAAGACGGCCUUCUGGUGCCAAGUCACUGCAACAUCCGCCUCGCGCCCGUCUCGGACGCUGCCUGGAUCGACGACGCUACAGGCGCAAAGUUCUGGAAAGACGUGUACGGCUUUAACUUCUCGUCUAUGAUCCCCGGUGGCCUACUUAACCACCGCGAGAUUGGCGUGUUCGACGUCCCGCCCACAGCGCUGUGCGGAUCAGCAAAUGCCCACCUGCUCGAGAUGAAGACUGCAUCGAUUGGCGACCUGAGCUUCAAGAUCCCGCUGCAAAUGACUCUCGACCGCGAUGUCGACUCGAUCCAGGCCAUUGCCAUCUGGUUUGACACUAUUUUUGUCCACCCCGGCAGCACACAAGACAUCAAGACGAUCGACGACGUGGACUGGCAGAAGAACGGUAUCCCUGGUCUGGGCUUCUCCACUGGACCUGCAAAUACGCCUACGCAUUGGCAUCAGGCUGUCUUGCUUCUAGACGAUGAAGUUGCACAGAAGCAGAAGUUCAAGAAGGGCGAGGUUUUGGAGGGUACGCUACAAUAUGCUAAGGAGAAGGGCGACGACAGGGGAAUCACCGUCACUGUAGAGUGGAAGGGCAAGGGGGAGAGCGGAGAAGUUGAUGGGAAAGUCAGACUUUCUAUGGCAUAGACAGAUACGCGAAGGUACCUUUAUGGGACCCUGUAUGGCGUCACUAGUGUCACUUUAAGCUGAGGGCUAUCUUCAACAUUUAAGAAGCCGACUAGCGCCAGGUACACUUGACUCGGUCAC